GGGAUAUAAUUUUCAAUGCCCACUAUCCUGACCUGCCACCAGAUUUUAUCUUUGGAGAGGAUGCUGAAUUUUUGCCCGAUCCUUCUGCCUUGCAUAAUUUAGCUUCUUGGAAUCCUUCAAACCCUGAAUGCCUCCUGCUUGUUGUGAAAGAGCUUGUGCAGCAGUAUCACCAAUUCCAGUGUGGCCGAUUACGUGAGAGCUCUCGUCUCAUGUUUGAAUAUCAGACUUUACUAGAAGAGCCCCAGUAUGGAGAAAACAUGGAGAUCUAUGCUGGCAAAAAAAACAACUGGACUGGAGAAUUCUCAGCUCGCUUCCUGUUGAAGUUGCCUGUCGAUUUCAGCAACAUUCCUACAUACCUUCUCAAGGAUGUGAAUGAAGAUCCUGGAGAAGAUGUUGCACUUCUCUCUGUUAGUUUUGAGGAUGCAGAAGCUACUCAGGUUUUUCCGAAGCUGUACCUCUCCCCACGUAUUGAACAUGCGCUUGGAGGAUCAUCCGCCCUUCACAUCCCAGCCUUUCCUGGUGGAGGUUGUCUUAUUGACUAUGUACCCCAAGUAUGCCAGCUACUUACAAACAAGGUACAGUAUGUUAUUCAGGGAUACCAUAAGAGAAGAGAGUACAUUGCAGCUUUCCUGAGUCACUUUGGAACCGGUGUGGUGGAAUAUGAUGCAGAAGGCUUCACAAAGCUCACUCUGUUGCUGAUGUGGAAAGAUUUUUGCUUCCUUGUUCAUAUUGACUUACCCCUGUAUUUCCCACGAGACCAACCAACCCUAACGUUUCAGUCCGUCUACCACUUCACCAACAGUGGCCAACUGUACUCCCAAGCCCAAAAGAACUACCCUUACAGCCCACGCUGGGAUGGCAAUGAAAUGGCCAAGAGAGCAAAGGCAUAUUUCAAGACAUUUGUCCCUCAGUUCCAGGAGGCAGCAUUUGCUAAUGGGAAGCUUUAGGCAGCCUCAGGCAUGGAAACGAUACUGAACAGAUCCUUGAGUUUGCGCAUGUCAGCCCACAAGAAGAAUGCCUGGAAAUGGGACGGACUGUCGAUAUGUGCUUUCUUGCCUCUGAAGUGAUUUGGGUAGCUUCACUUUUUGAAACAAAGACCUCAGUAGCAUGCUUAGAACUGAAUAUUUGAUAUUCUUCUUGUCCCUUUGCCUCUGCCACCACCAUUCCUUUAUAUAUCUUCUGAAUUAAGUUUAAAAAGGGUGUGUUUUGAUGUGAUAACACUUUCUUGUGCCAACAGUGUCCCGUAUGUUAUGCCUUGUUUCCUUGUCUUCAGAUGGUCUAAACUGGGAUUUCUUACCCCAUGGAAAUAUGAUGUAGUCUGUAUAUUUAGUUAACAUUUUCAGCUUAUCCUAAGAAAACAUAAAACUGCUGUGUGUACCAGGUAUGCCUAAUGGACUGUACAGUGCCAUAUUCUGCCUUGGAGGUUUGCGUCUCACUGUGGCUGUUACUCUCACAGGUAUGGACAUGAGUUGCACAAACUCAAUUCUUAGUGCCUUUCCAGUUGAAGUUAAUAUGGCAAGGUGUUUGAGGGUUGGCGUGGGGUUUUUUAACAUUUCUGUUCAAAGCUCAUCUUACGUGAAAUGCUGUGCUUUUAUGCUUUGUUUUUAUUUCCAGUUGUAGAGUUUUCGUUCAUUUUGGUUCGUUUUUCUGAUGAGCUCCCCUUGCCAUUACAGAAAAGUUCUGUAGUACGAAUGUGCAAGGAACUAGAAGCAGUAUAACAAAAUAAAGCUCUUUCAUAGAUCUGUAAUUUUUCCAAAUAAGAUAAAUACUGCUCAGAAGCAAACUUUCAUCAAGGGAAUGAAUGAUGUCUUGGAAAAUAACAUGAAAUAAUGUAGGGCUAUAGGUAUUUAUCUUAAUGCUUAAGUUCAGCAUGUCUUCUCAGAAAUAAUUUUGCGUGUAUAUAACUGGAAACAUUACCUCCCCUAAUUCUAAACUGCCAAACACAAAAUCCCACCUACUCAUCCCUUCUUUCCUGCUUGUGUCAGGCGCACCAUUUGGGGCUAACUGUCACGAUGCCACUUCCCAAAUUAAUUUGUGAAUAGACCAGGGUACUUUCCAGUAAGGAAUAAAAUGAACAGUGUAUGUUGCUUAUAAAUGGCAUCUGGAAAAUGUGCCCUACUUCUGCAAAAUAUAAGGAACUAAGUGAAUAGUAUGCAGAUGAUACAGUGGAACUGGAAAACAUUUAAUUUUAAAUUAUGCACUAUAGCACCACGUGCAAUGAAAUCUUAUGGAAUUACUUGAUUGGCAGUAUUCUCCUACCCUUUCUGCAACUUGUUAUUUUACAUGAAAAAUAGUGCUUUUGAGGGUUUAUGUCCACCUAGGAAAUGCAGAUGGGUUUUGAGCAGUGAAGCUUAAUAAUUAAGAAUUAUGCAAAUAAUUCGCCUCUAGAAACUUCAGGUAUUUUUAGCUAGUUUAUGGGCAAAAUUUAAUUUAUGCUUAAUACUGAAGUUCUUGGCUGUAAAAUUAGCUGCAAACAACAUCAGAAGCCUUAUUGUAACUCUGCAGAGGAGGGGGCAUAUUCUGUCCCGUGACCCAUCCCUUUGUGAUUUCCAAUGCAUUAUUUGAGGACUGCCAACAGCUCCAAAGGUCUGAGCCUGAAUUCCCUCUGUGGAGACAUUGCAUGAGGCUUUUGCAUGCAAACCAAAACUUAGAGCAGAUGUGGAAGGUAAUGGCUUUGUGUGAAUGGCAAAACCAUAACUGAACAGCUUUAAGUGACUGGGAACAAGCAUUGUUCAGUGCACUGGGAUGAUCUCACAUUUGCAUUUCUUCAGGUAAAAGCCAAAGCCACGUAUUUAAGAAUAAGCCAACCUUGUAAAUGGGGUGGGAGAAGGAGGAUGGCUAAUGAAAAACAUAUGUUCUCAUAGUGUUCAAAAUCUGAUAGGAACAAUCUCCAGCCAUCUUCAGAAGGUAAAAACCAAGCCCUCAAGUUGCAUCAGUACAUUCCUGUAAUCUUACAUUUUAUGACCUUGUGUUUGAUUCAGCAUUGUAGUGAUUGCCCCAUGAACACAGUGUGUGCUUACAUACCUGAUUGUCCAGGUGGCACCACUAUUUAUUUUUUUUAUCUUUUCAGAAAUUGCCAUGAUUCAAAGGCUAGCAGUCACAAAACAUUUCGGAAAGAGAUCCAUUCUUCAUAAUUAAGAUUAUUUUCAACCAAAAAUGCAUCCUUCACCUCAGUCCCAGUAAUUUUGGACAAAGAACUGUUUUAUUAUUAAAAGACUAAGAGUUUUAGAAGCCAGGUAAGAAAAUACUUUGAAGGUACAUAAAGUCUAAACCAGCAGUUCCUUGUGUUGAAUUCCGUAGUUUCAUCAGCUCUCCAGUAACGUACAUGGGAACAAACCAGUAGUUUCAGUCUCAGUUUAUGUCAUGCUACAAUUGGUAGUAUUUAGGGAAAAAAAAGUAAAAUAAAAAGGUGGAAAACAUGGGAAACUGUACUGUUUGUGUUUAAGAUAAAGUUUGCAAGCCCAUCGAUUCUUAGAUUAAAGAAAAGGCGUUUUCAUUACACUUAAUAAACAUUUUCUUUAACCUGCACAGAAUUUUAUGGAUCCCUUCCUUAUAGUCCUCAGAAGUAUUAGAAGUGUUAGCACUGCAAAUGGGGUAUUGGAAGAAAAGACACUGAAAUGAGUGAAAGCUUCUCUCCAGAAGAAGGAUUACCAUGUAAAUACUACACCAGAAAAGAGAUUUAGUUUGACUAAUUUUAUAUCAUUGAAGGCAUUUGAGUUAGCCACGAAAGUUGGGAUCUAGUAAGCUGGAGUUAUUUCUGUUAUCUCCUGUUUUAUUAUAAUAUCCAUUGUGGCCAGUUUAAUGACACAGAGACUUUCAGCGCUUCCUUCCCUAUUAUGUAAUAUAUGCAGUUGAAAGGAGCAGUCAGAUCUAGGCUGUUUUCCUUGGUUUAUGAGAAUCACAAAACAUAAAGGCGAAAAAUAGCAGUGUUGCAAACAUAUCAGAAAGCCUAAGCUCAACUCUUGUCACAGUUCUGACUGAAAGAAAUGCAGUAAGGCUUUAGUUACUAAGCCCUAUUAAUGCACGAUUUUCCAAAGGUCCUUAAACUGCAAAUGUGCUGUCAAGCCUUUAUUCGUCUGCAUACAUAUUCCACUGUGCUAGAAGUAAUACCAAAUCUUACGGAUUUAAAGUCAGACUUCUUGUGAACUUGCUGGAAAGACUGGACAAACAGCUGGAAGAAUAAAUAAAAGUAACUAUAUCAUA